AUUCUCGGGAUUAACCGACCGCGAAUCACCCAAUUAAUAUCGACGCACCUAACGCAUCGAUAACGUGUAAUUUCUAUUUCUAUUUACCCACGUAUCGUGCAAGAUACGCGCUCUAAUCUUCGCCUUAUCUAAUCCUGCAAAUUCGAUCUACUUUCGAUUAUUUAUCAAUCGAACGGUGGGUUUUCGUUCGUAUCGAAUGCGAAGUUUUUCCUCAAAAAAAAAUGAAAGCCAGUUCCAGUGUCGAGGAUUUAAAAAAAUCGGUGAACAUCCGCGCGUUGAUCUCCGCUUACGAGAACAUCUCCUCGGAACACCAGAUCAAAAGACCCAGGGCGAAUUCGCUGGGAAACGCCUUAAACAACGACGUAGUAGUUAGAGAAACCACCAUCAGAACGUUAGACGAUGCUUACAGAGUUUUGGACGUGGUCGAGCGCCGUUUGCAGCAAUACGAAAUCUACAACAAGGAGAAACACGUCGCCAUACAGGAGGAGCUCUUCAACACGCUGACCAGCAUCAUUAACAUCGACAACGACGAUCCCGAAGAGGCUAAAGCGUUGAUACAACGCACCAAGGACUACGUGUCGUUUUUGAACACGAAAUUACCGUCGAACAAAAACGGAUCGAGCGUUUACGCAGAUCGCCUGGCGACGACAAACUCUUCCAAACCGGUACAAGAUGAUGAAAUCGACGCAGCGAAAUCUGGAUCAACCGUGAGGCGUUUGAAAGAAAGAUUCCAAGUCGCCGAAACUCAAACCAAACAACGUUUUCCUCCACCCAAGAAGGCGCCUCUUCCAAACAAAAACCAGAUAGCAGUUGAAGUUGUUACAACACAAAACGAUACAAUUAACCUUAACCAACGCAAUACAUUCACCUCCCGUUUCCCUCCACUCAACAAGGCGCCUCUACCAAACAACAACAAGUUAGAUGAAGAUGUUACAACACAAAACCUUCGACCAGAAACAUUCAAACAACCCGAUAACAACGAAGAAAGGUACUCGGUGUCGGUGUUGAAAUUGAAGAGCAUCUUCGAGAGCAAGUCGAAGGAAAACGCCGAAGGGUUGCCGUUGAUAUUGACCCAACCGCUAUCGCGAAGUGUUUACGAGUUGAACGUAAUGGAGGCGCGUUCGGACCAAGCGCAGCAGAUGGAAGUGUCCAGUUACUUGGAGACGAAGGCGGUGGAAGUGGAAAACUUGCAGGAGGUUUCGGUGGAGGCCAAUCGGUUGCUUGGCAUUUUGAAGAAGGAAUGGGGUUCGAUGGAGUUUAAUUAUGUUUCGUAUGAUGAUAGUAAGAAUGAUGCGAACGGUUAUGGUGGUGGUGAUGAUGUGAAGAAAUUGGAGUAUUUAGACGAGAAUGGUAAUGAAGACGAAGGGGAGCGGUAUGUGGAAGAAGUUUUAGAGGAUAUUGAAGAGAAUGUCGAUGAGGAGUCUUAUUCUAGCAGUGCAAUUACAGAAAAUGAUCAGGUAGAUAACACGGAGAUGGUAAUGUCUAAUCAGUAGGUACUUUUAUGUGAAAAUAAGGAGGUUAUAAAUAGUUGUACAUAAAAAAACAAAAUAUAACUUUUAUAUUAUUUAUUGGUG